UGAAAAAUAUGUGGCAUUGUGUGCGAAUAAACGAGUGAAUUAUUAUACGUAACAAUAAAACUGUAAUGGAUGCAUUAAACUUGGAGAUAAACGCGAUCCGCAUUCAGGAAUCAACACACCAAACAAUAGAGAACAAUAACAACAGGUGUAUGGCAUUGUUACGUUACAAACCAUUGAGUAUAUCGAAUAACAGAAAGCAACGCGAAACGUCUUUAACGCCUUAUGUAGCGGGAGGGAUCCGAGGUUCGCAAUUUGUUGAUUGGAAUCGAUAUUUUAGCUUGUAGUGCAGCAGAUGCAUGUUUAACGCAAGCAUAUGUAUUGUACAUUAGGCAUAUGUCGUACAACUUAGGUGAUGUACAUUGUAUAGAAAGUAACUUUACGUAUAUAAGAACAAUAGAAGGUUGUGUAUAAGUGUGUUUGAUAUUAUUUGUAAGGUUAUAACAUUAAAAGAUUGAAAUUAUGUUUUUAUCGGUGAAUUUUGUUAUUAGGAUUGAUUGUAAAGCGAUUUUACACAUUGCAUUAUAUGGAAGAUAUAUUUACGCUACGUCAUAGGGCUGUAAAAAGUGAAAAUAACUUUUCGGGAUUGUAACUCCUGGAAAAUAGGGGGGUACUGCUGUAUUUAUAGUUAAGUUUGUGGAAUAUUUUACGAGUUUCGAUUAGUUGAAUGAUAUGCUGGUAUGUUGUAGAGUAGGCAGUAUUUGUGUUGCUUGCUAUGGCUGAAAACCUAGGUUUCAACGCCAAUUUUUAGUGUUUGCCCCUUAUAAGACUAACUCGCAUUUGGGUUUUUGUCGUAAGUUUUGUUUAAUAUGUAAAGUUAUAUAAAGUCAAACAGUGGUUUAAACGUGACUUUUAGUCACAGUAAAGAUUUGUAGAAAGAUGGUUGACUUGUGUUAUUAGACAAAGAUAUGUAACUUUCUAUAUAUCAACAGUUAUGCGUUGUUUUCAAGUAUAUAUAGUCAACCCAUAUGAUUUAGGCCAAUUGUAAAGUUUCCACAAAAAAGUUUGACUUGUUAUAUAUCCACAGUUAAAUAUUGUAGUUGUUUUAAUAUUCUGUAGUCGGCAAAGUCGAAAUAACAGAAAUGUCUCGCGGAAGAAUCGAAAGCGAAUCUCACAAAGGUAGAAUGAGGGGUCACCCUUCCAGGUCGCCUCCCCCGCCCUACGAGAUAUUGUACCCGGACCCAUCCACAGACCAAGGAAACCAACGGUUGGCAGAUUUCUGUCAAGUUUCCAUUACAAGACGAAGAGCUUCGAGCCCUGGAGACUUAGGGCGAAGACGUCGCGAUAGCGGCGACCGAAGGCGGCGGUUGCAAACCGAUAGUGACGUCAUAGUGGUGGACCAACGUAACAUCCGGCGGAUUCGAAAGAAUGAGGAAAAUAUCGGGAAGUUUGGGAGAGUAGAGUUCUCUAACCUUGAUGUUUUAUGUGAGGGAAGAUUGGCUGGGGAGGUCAAACCGGUGCCGAGUCAACAUAAGGAACGGGGUAGAAGGAGCCAACCUCUUGAAUAUGCUUUCUUACCAAAACUUUCAAAAGAGCAAGCGCAAAGCGAAUUACUGGAACACAUCGAAGCACAAUGCUGCUAUAACAAGAAAGUCGCAAAACAAUUGGAUAUUUGUGACGUCAUAAUGACAAGCGCGUGGCAGUAUCGUUUGGAGACAGUUCGCGAAAGUCGUGUGGUUGUUGACGAGGAGGAACCGUAUAACGGUGAGAAAGUAGACGGCCCACGUAGAGGUCAAGCUCCGUUAAAUAAAUGGGAUAUUGACGUCACCGUGACGUCAUCAAACACAGCGAAAAAGAGAAUCCCACAUACGUCAGAACGAAGAAGCUGCGUAAGCUGCCAAGGCAAUGGUACAACCACAUGCGGGUAUUGUACGGGCAACGGUAAACUACCAUGUUAUAACUGCCAUGGAAGUGGCCACACUUCGGUUCACGAGACUUAUUAUGAGCACUCGGAUAGUUUAAACCAACAACCACGCAGAGUUUCAAGGAGCGAGACUUGCCAUGAAUGCGGGGGUUCCGGUAAUAAAAUAUGUUGCAACUGCCAUGGACGAGGUCGGGGUAACUGUGGGAGGUGCGAGGGACGCGGGGAAGUCGUCGCGUAUAAGGCUGUAUACGUUAAACACACUACACUGCGUGGCAACAAGACAACCAACACCAACAACCUCCCUUUGCAAUUAUUCCAACGUUGUGGAGGCGCCAUUGUACACGAGGAAGCGGGAACCACACUUACCCCGCUAUCCAGUGACACAUGCCUUAAUAUUGAGAUGCAAAUCGCUUCCGAGGAAUUAUUGGCGAAACACACACCGGAUGUUAGGCACAGGGAAUCGACGGGACGAAACGACGAAAGAAUUAUCCUACAAACCCACAUUGUACGAUUGCUCCCAAUAUAUACUAUACACUACACACACCGUGGUGAUAAAGGAGCUUACUGGAUCGUUGGAAUGGACAAGAAGAUGAUCGUACACGCACCCGGAUAUCCCUCCAAUACAUGCGGGUGUAAUAUCAUGUAACUCCUUCUACGGUAGCCUACCCCUCCAUGCAUAUAUGCAAUGUGACGUCACAUCUAUGCUAUAUGACGUCAAACCUAUGCUACAUGACGUCACAUCUAUGCUAUACGACGUCACAUCCAUGCUAUAUAACGUCACAGAACCGUUAUAUGUUCACGUUUCGUGAUUUAUCACUGCGUGAAAACGCGACGCUCACAAAGUGAAAAAGACGUGUUAUAUAAUGACGUCACAAUAUGAAUACUACGUCAUAGUGACGUGACAAUGUGAUCAAGAUUCACAGCGAGAGAUGACAUCAUAACAAUGAUCGUGACGUAACAAUGCAAUUCCGCUAUCAGCGCGAAUACGCAACAAACUAUACAAAGAUACGAUGAAAGUGGACUGAACGUUUCCGUAGCAAUCAACUGCAUACGGUAUAUAUAUAUGCUGCACUAGAGGUUUAAGGCUUUGGAUAUUUUGGGGCAAGUUCGGUGCUGUAAAACAAGCAAUUAUUCUUCCUGUUUUGCCGCAAUAACUUUUCGCCUACGCUGUACUUAUAAAGAUAUAGCACUUACACGACACAAGCGUUUUAUUUCGUCACAGUCUUAUUGUUUUUAUCGCUUUAUUUUCACAAUUUGUUCCAAAUCCUGCGCUUCAAAUAAAUACGAAACAAAACCUA